AUGGAAGGCUCGGGGGGCUUCGGGAUCGAGUCGCUGCUCUCCCGGCGCCCGGGGAGCCCUUGCUCGCUGGCUGCGCUGCCGGGGGAAGCGGCCGGGCCGGGCCCCGAGGGCCACUCUCCGCUGGCGCUGAGUCCCCGCUCGGAGCUGAGCAGCAGCGGCUGCCCUUCGCCCUCGUCGCCGGGCCGGGAGUGCUCGGAGGGGGCGGCCGUGGCCCCGACGCACCCGCUGCCGCUGCCGUUGCCGAUCCCGCAGCGCCCGUCGCUGGUGGCGGUGGGGCUGGAGCUGGCGGGCGGCGUCGGGGCGCCUUCGCAGUCCAGGACGGUGACCUCCUCCUUCCUCAUCCGAGACAUUCUGGCCGACUGCAAGCCCCUGGCCGCCUGCGCCCCUUACUCCAGCAGCGCCCUCGGAGCGGCCCCGGCCCCGGACUCGGCCCCGAUCCGCCUCCCGCCCAAAGCCGCCACCGAGGAAGGCCGGGAGAAGGCCGAGAAGGGCGCCGCCGGCAGCAACGCCUCCUCCGACGCCGAGUACAAAGUGAAAGAAGAAGGGGACCGGGAGAUCUCCAGCUCCAGAGAGAGCCCCCCGGUGAGGCUGAAGAAGCCCCGCAAGGCCCGCACCGCCUUCACCGACCACCAACUGGCCCAACUGGAGCGCAGCUUCGAGAGGCAGAAGUACCUGAGCGUCCAGGAUCGGAUGGAGCUGGCCGCCUCCCUCAACCUCACCGACACCCAAGUCAAGACCUGGUACCAGAACCGCAGGACCAAAUGGAAGCGUCAGACGGCAGUAGGCCUAGAGCUUUUGGCCGAGGCAGGCAACUACUCAGCCCUGCAGCGGAUGUUCCCCUCGCCCUACUUCUACCCACAGGGCCUAGUCUCCAACCUGGACCCUGGAGCUGCUGCCGCUGCCCUCUAUCUCUAUCGGGGGCCCGGAGCCACCGCCGCCGCCCCUCCACCUGCCCUCCAACGCCCGCUGGUGCCCCGCAUCCUCCUCCAUGGACUCCCUACAGGCACGGAACCCCCACCACCCCUCCCGCCCCUGGCUGGGGUCCUGCCUCGUGCCGCCCAGCCCCGGUGA